GUGGUUGGCAACACCACGCGAAGUUGGCUGCCAAUAGCUGGCUGUCAAUAAAUUUUUUGUUUUUUCUUUCUUUUUUGACUUCCUUUUGAUUGUGAACCAGCUAAAAUGUCUAAGAGAGGACGUGGUGGAACUGCGGGAGGAAAAUUCCGCAUCUCCCUUGGUUUGCCCGUAGGCGCCGUCAUGAACUGUGCUGAUAAUACAGGUGCCAAGAACUUGUAUGUCAUCGCUGUUCACGGUAUCCGUGGUCGUUUGAACCGUUUGCCCGCUGCUGGUGUCGGUGAUAUGUUUGUCGCUACUGUUAAGAAGGGUAAACCAGAAUUGAGAAAGAAGGUAAUGCCAGCUGUCGUCAUUCGUCAAAGAAAACCAUUCAGAAGGAGGGAUGGCGUUUUUCUCUAUUUUGAGGAUAAUGCGGGGGUGAUAGUAAAUAAUAAGGGUGAAAUGAAAGGUUCAGCUAUCACCGGUCCCGUUGCUAAGGAAUGCGCUGAUUUGUGGCCCCGUAUUGCAUCAAACGCCAGUUCAAUUGCUUAAAUAAAACCCCCCAAAAA